AUGGAGAAACUAAUGAGGCAAAUCAUGUUCUGUGGUUUCUUCACUAUUCUUCUUUUGCUUUUAGCCUCAUGCCCAGCAACAUGUCAAGAAGUUGAGGAUGAGAGCGAGUUCAGUUAUGUACCAGGCAGCGAUAAUGGACCGGAGCGCUGGGGAGAGAUUCAUCCAGAAUGGAGCAUGUGUAACAAUGGAACCAUGCAGUCUCCUAUUGAUCUGCUGAAUGAGAGAGUUGAGAUAGUUUCUCACUUGGGAAGACUUAAGAGGGAUUACAAACCCUCUAAUGCAACUCUUAUAAAUAGAGGCCAUGAUAUGAUGUUGAGAUGGGAAAAUGGUGGAGGACAUAUCUACAUAAAUGGAACUCAAUAUACACUCAACCAAUGCCAUUGGCACUCACCUUCUGAACACACCAUCAAUGGCCGGAGUUAUGAUUUAGAAGUGCACUUGGUUCAUCAGAGCGCGAACGGUAGAACUGCUGUGUUUGGAAUUAUGUAUAAGAUUGGACGACCUGAUUCCUUCUUGUCGAUGAUGGGGAAAGAUUUAAAAGCCCUUGCUGAUAUCAGAGGAGUAGAGAGGGUGGUGGGUACAAUUGACCCAAGGCAAUUAAAGUUGGGGAGCAGAAAGUAUUACAGGUACAUUGGGUCCCUUACAACUCCUCCCUGCACUCAAAACAUUGCCUGGACCAUGCUGAGAAAGGUCAGAACUGCUAGCAGAGAACAAGUAAAACUAAUUCGUCAAGCUGUUCAUGACGACUCAGAAACUAAUGCAAGACCUGUACAACCAAUAAACGAGCGCUCAGUGAAGCUCUACAGACCAACAAAUCGUCAAGAAAAUUAA